AGCUAUAGACAUUUCAUUCAAAAGAAAAGGUCAUCUUUUUUUUUUUCUCUCUGUCUCUCUCAUCUUAAUUUAUUUCUCUUUGAAUUUCUCCCAACUGCUUCUUUCGUCUACCUUAGUUUCUACUCCUGUGUUCUUAUGUCUCAGCUAGAUGGAAAAGUGGUACAAAUUUUCGCGGCCUCAUUCUUCGGUUAUGCGAUGGCUAGGGUGGCAGCCGCCCGUUUCGGCAGGAGAAAGUUGUCCGAGCAGCCGCCGUCGCUCGGUGGCGAAGACUUCAUUCCUCGGUUAGAGAGAACCGAGUCUGGCCGUCUUCAACAACUUGAAAAAUUCUCCCAUUACGUCGCUAGGCAGCUGGGAUUUGAGAAUGCAAAUGAGUGUGUUGAGCUAUGCAAAUUGGCUAUGGAGUAUUUGAGAAAACCCAAAGGAUGUGAGCAAAGCAUAUAUGAGUAUUUUGGUACAGAAGAAGAAGUGGAUUCUCUGUAUGUAAUGUUGCUGGAAGAGUUCGAAAGGUGUAUUCUCACUUAUUUUGCUUUUCAUUGGUCCCAAGCUUCACUUAUCAUUAGCCAGUGUUUUAGUGAGUCCCAAACGAAAACAAAGCUCAAGGACUUCGUUUUGGGAGCAACGCGGAAACAAAGGUUUGAGAGAGUAACAAGAGACCUAAAGGUAACUAGGUUGUUCUCUACGUUGGUGGAAGAAAUGAAAGCCAUUGGAGGAUGUACGGAUAUCAUGGUGCCAGCCGCCCUCAGUGAGCGGAGUCCCGUGCUCCUCCUCAUGGGAGGCGGCAUGGGAGCUGGCAAGAGUACCGUCCUUAAGGACAUUCUGAAAGACUCUUUUUGGUCGGGAGCUGCAAGCAAUGCGGUGGUGGUUGAGGCAGAUGCCUUUAAAGAGACCGAUGUUAUCUACAGAGCCCUUAGUUCCAUGGGUCAUCACAACGACUUACUCCAAACCGCAGAAUUGGUGCACCAAUCGUCUACGGAUGCAGCGUCGUCGCUGCUAGUGACGGCAUUGAACGAAGGGCGUGACGUGAUAAUGGAUGGGACCCUUUCGUGGGAGCCGUUUGUGGAGCAGACGGUGGCCAUGGCUAGGAAUGUUCACAAGUUCCGGUACCGUAUGGGGGUUGGCUACAAAGUGGCCGAAGAUGGCACCGUAAAUGAAAACUAUUGGGAACAAAUAAACGACAAUGAACAAGAUGGUGAUGAAGGUGUAUCCAAUAGAAAGCCCUACAGAAUUGAGUUGGUUGGGGUGGUUUGUGACCCUUAUUUGGCUGUUGUUAGAGGAAUAAGGAGAGCUAUAAUGAUUGGAAGGGCAGUGAGGGUUAAUUCACAGUUGACGUCCCACAAAAGAUUUGCCAGUGCAUUUCCAAGAUAUUGCAAUCUUGUGGAUAAUGCCAGGCUUUACUCUACCAAUUCCAUGGGAGGGCCACCAAAGCUAAUAGGAUGGAAGGAAGGACAACAGAAGCUGCUAGUUGACUCAGAAGAAAUCGAAUGUUUGAGUACCAUAAAAAGCUUGAACUCCAAUGCUGAUUCAAUUCACCAGCUCUAUGCCGAUCCCACCCCCAUAUUUCGCCCUGGUUUUGUUUGGAACGACAUCGUUUUGUCCCCCUCCAGGCCAUCCAUUCAGCAACGCCUUAGGGAGUCCAUUCAAAAAAUUGAACACAGUAAUAAUAAUAAUAAUAAUAAUACCUCUUGAAUUGCUCAAUAUUCUAUUUCUCUUGGGUUUUCUUGGUUGUUUUUGUUUGUUUGAAAAGGACUUUCUUUUUGGGGGGAAUAAAUUUAAAUUUGUAAUUGUAUGACUAAAAAUUUAAAGGGGGUGUAUUUUGAUUGGUGAAAAUGAGAAUGGUAUUAGUGCUAUACUCUCUUGUGAUUGUGAAGUGGACUUCCUGUGUAAUUCCACUAUAAAUGAAUUCAUACUCAACAGAAUGAUUUUCCACUA